GAAAACGUUUCUCCUUCCAAGAAAUUUUCUUUGGGAAAGAAACGUUUCUUCUGAAUAACUAAAACUUCAAAAUCUCAGACUCCAACACACUAAUAAUCACCGAAGUUAAGAACUAUCGACGUUGGCUUUCUUUCUCGGGUUGUUUAGAAUGGCAUCGGCACGAGAUGUCGAGUCUCUAUCAUCACCACAGUCUUCAUCAUCAUCACCAUCAGUUGAUGCUCAGACGACGCAAAUUGAUGGCGGAGAUUCAGAGGAGGAACAACAGCAUCAGGUGAUGAGCGAGAUCCACCUUGGAUGCCCUCCUUGCACUUCUGGCCCACACAUCUCCCGCUUCACCAUCUGCCUUCCACCUGAAGUUGAAUGCAGCAGAUGCAAAGAGCUAGUUAAAGAUGAAAAAAUUCAUGUGGUGAACGAGCCUAUUACGUUGGAUGAAGAUGGGACCUUGUUCUACCUAGACGCGCCCGCAACCAAUUAUCUUCUUGUUUUCUUGUCACCAUCCAGCAUUAUAUCACAUCAUCAAUUCCUAACGUUGGUUUGCAGGUUUGGGGAGCAGAAUUAGUAUUAUCUGAUUUUGUAUUGCAUAAAAUGUGCAUUUCAUCUGAACUGGAUGGAAUUAUGUCAUUAGAACUUGGUGCUGGAACAGGUAAACAAUAUCUGCCAUCUACUUUGGUGCCUUUUUCUAAGCAUGUGUUAUGUUUUCCAUAUAAACAUUAUAUGGUUUGAGUCCCAUGCAUGUAUUAUCAGUUCCUAGCAAUUUAAGAUCUUUGGACAGGUAAGACCGAGAAAGCUUGCUGUAAAUUUUACCAAUAAUUACAAGUUGCAGCUUAAGCUGCAUGUUUUUCACAAUUCACACGUUCAACAAUAUGAAGUGUAGAGUUUUUGUUAAAAAUCAGCAAACAAGAUUAUCUUAGACUCUUAUCUUUAUGCAUAUGAAUAAAAGUAUCAGCUUAUAACAAAUUGAUAAAACUUACUGAAAAAUUCGCAAUCAUACUUCCUCGAGCAUAAGUGGAACAAAGAAUAAGAAAAAAUUCCAGUUUUCUAAUUAUAGUUGUCUUUCAAUGUACUUGUGGAUGCAUGAAUUCCAAGAUUUGCAUCGACUAUUGUCUUAGCUGUUUUAUUGUCCAAGGAGCUCAUGUCACAUGAUUAUACAUAUGUUAUAAUGUGCUUUAUUUUGCUGUAUUUACCCAGGGUUGGUAGGUAUGCUGCUUGCUCGUGUUGCUCAGACAGUGUUCCUAACUGCUGCUUGGGUAAAUUGCUUUUGCUUGAAUACCAAUGGAGGCUUGAUUGCUGACUUCAUCCUCAUUUCAGUUUGUCAACAAGAUUUUUCUCCUAAUUGUGACAGACUAGGGGAUGAGAUCCUUGACUACUGUGCUAGGAAUGUUAGCAUCACUUCUGGAUUGUUUAAUUCUCGAGCUGCUGUUCAUGUGCGUGAACUCAAUUGGAUGGAUCCUUGGCCUCUUAAAUCUGUUUCGAACAACAUCGCAUCCCUGAAAAAAUAUUCUUGGACCUCUGCAGAGUUCGAAGAAGUUCAGGGAGCAUCACUGAUCGUUGCUGCUGAUGUGUUGUACUUGACAUUGGAGAAGCGGUACAACUUCAGUCUUGUUGAUCUUGAUGUUGUUGCUAAUGGCUAUUCACGUUUCGGAGGUUACUUGAGGCUGGAAGGAGAACACGAACGCUUCCAAUAUGGAGGAUCUCCUUGUUUUGUGGGUAAAUGCAUUGGUCUUACACAAAUUCCUCAGUAUGUAAAGGAGUACGAGAGAGGGCAAGAUGUUGAGCUUUGGGAGAUUAGAUACAACAGAAAGAAACAAUAGUAGAAAUCUAGAAAUUCUUGCAACAGUGAUUAGGAUGUAACCGUUGCAUGAAGUUGGUAUGCUUAUGCCAAGAGCAUUGCUGUGUGGGUUUGUGCUUUUUACAUAGUAACAUUAAUAUUUCAUACUUUUGAUUUA